UCUUGAUAUAGCUAAUGCGUUUCCUUCUUCUUCCUCCCGCCUCCGCCGUCUCCUCCUCCCCCUCCUCAUAAAAAGCCUCCAACAAAACAGCAUCUUCUAGUUUUGUCACUACCUCUAGUCGGCGGCGUCUCUGUCAACUACCUCUCCUUCUCUACUGCUGCUAUUCUCGCUGUUGUACUUGUAGGUUUCACUUGGCAAUGUAUUUUCCUCUCGUAUCAUGAAAGGGACAACUUUGGGCUUCCUUUGCGAGAACUUUGUAAUUUUUAACUGCUCCAAAGCAUCUGUUUUGAGGGACAAUUUGGCGAGUCAGCUUACUUAGGGCUGGGGAAAUCAUACUAAAAAUAAACCUCCAGAUGUUCCCUGUGGGAUCAUUUCUCAUCUCAAUCCAGAGGGUGUACAAUCAUGAUCGGUCUAAAUGUUUAGCAUGUAUAUUUACUUCUUGUUUCCAUCAACUUUGUUCUGCAAAACUUAAGCCACCUCAUAAAGUAAUUAGUCCUAGAAUUUAUAGCUCUAACUUCGUUCCAGCCAUUACCACCUAUUCACAUUAUUCUCGAAACCGCACCAGCUUAUUGUGGUAUUCUUCCAAGCCACACAGACCUUUUUCGGGAGCUUAUAGACAACGGGUUAACAGAAGGCUUAGAAUAGCUAAAAAACCCGUUCUUAAUGAGGUUCAGUUUAACAAGGCUAUAUCCCAACUUCCUGCUAGAUUUAAUGCGGAUGAUCUGUACAAUGUCAUUGCCUUGGAAGACGAUCCUUUGGUAUGUUUUGAACUUUUUACUUGGGCAUCAAGACAACACAGGUAUAAGCAUAGUGUGAAUACGUAUCACAUCACCAUUCAGAAGCUUGGGGUUGGCGGGAUGAUAGAGGAGAUGUAUGAUGUUGUUGAUCAAUUCCUUGCUCUUCCACAUUUUGGUUCAGAGGCUCUGUAUAAUACUAUUAUUUACUACUACACUCAAGCCAGGAAACUGAGCAGAGCUAUUACUGUGUUCAAACACAUGAAGGCUGACAAUUCAGAUUGCAAGCCGUCAAUUAGGACUUACAACCUUUUGUUUGCUGCGUUUCUCAGUCGUAGAAGAGAUACAUAUAUCAAUCACUGGUACAUGGGUACAAUGGAGUGCCUUUUCAGGCAAAUGAUUAAUGAUGGAAUUGAGCCUGACAUUUUCUCUCUCAAUUCAAUGAUACAGGGGUAUGUGAGUUCUAAUCAUGUCAAUGAUGCCUUGAGGAUUUUUCAUCAGAUGGGUGUCAUUUAUAGUUGUGUCGCCAAUGCACUCACUUAUGAUUAUCUUAUCCAUGGACUAUGUGCUCAAGCCAGGACAAAAAAUGCUAGGGAGUUAUUUAGUCAGAUGAAGGAAAAGGGGUUUGUUGCUAGAGCUCAAACUUACAGCUCUCUUGUGACUUCUUUGGCAAUUGAUGGUGAGAUAGAGGAAGCUUUGAGUUAUUUGUGGGAGAUGACUGAAAAGCAUAAGGCAUCUGAUCUCAUUACUUACAAGACGCUCUUGGAUGAGUUUUGCCGAAAAGGAAGAGCUGCCGAGGCAUUGAGGUUAUUGAAAAAAUUUCAGGAGAAACACCUUGUUGAUGGACCUACCUACAAAAAGCUACUACGUGUUCUUAACGAUUGCAGGGUCUGGAUACAGCCAACCCAGUCUUGACCAUAGGGGACAAACUAAAGCUGAUAGGAGAAUAUGAAGAAACUAUUGGGACAUGCUUAAUCUUUUCAGAUAAGGUAUUAUAUGAAGAAACGGGAUCUUCAGAACGUAACCUAUUCAAGGGAGCGUGUAUAGUUGAUCCAGAUCAAGGUCCGUCCAAGCAAAUC